UCCUAGUCCAGGAGCGUUCCACUGUACUCUCACAAGACUGGUGUUUGUGAUGAAGAAGGAGGCAGAGGUGCUGUACAGAACUUGCCCAUGGCCUGACGACCUCCUACAGUCAGCUCGAAAAUCUCCAGCAGGGAUGCUGUUCAGCAUCGAGGCUUCUGAGGGGGCAAUCAGUCAGCUCCACCUCCCACACUGUGAAACAAAGGAGGCUUUGUUAGGUAAUGGAUUGCUGUCAGUCGCCCACAUCACUGAUAAUGAGGGAAUGACCAUUCUGGAGCCAGCAACUAUCACAGAUACCCAUGUAUUGGUGGAUGUCCCCCACCUCUCGCUCCUAGGCCUCAUGCGUAGUGCAUUGCAAAGAUUGAUGAAGCUGCCAGUAAACGGCCAAGUCCUGCUGUUCCACAAGCGUCCAUGUACGCUGUACGUGCUUCUGCUGCAGGACAACAUUCCUCUAUCAGAGGUUUCUGCUCAGUAUGAAGAAGCUGAACACAUCAGGGUCUCAUCUGAAUGUCGUCUCAUCUUUGAUCAAACCUACAGUUUACGUAGUGAACCUGAGGCCUCGGUAGACCCUGAGAGCAAGCCAUUUCUCACGGGCUAUGGACCUAAUUUCCAUCCAACAUUUGUGGUUACCAUGACUACAACUACAAACCCAGACAGGGUGACCCUGGUGCUCCAAGACCAUCAAUGCUCUGAAGUCUGGAAACACGGUUUUCACCUAGCAGGUCCUCCAUCUCAAAAUUCGUCAUCAGGGGGUGCAGGGCCGGCGAUUGCUAUAGCUGCAGGAGAAGGGACAUCCAGUAGUACUCCAGGGACCAGUGCCACACAGGCCAACACACAGCCUGCUUUAGGUGAUGAAGAUGAAGGGACAUCCAGGACCACACCAAGCACUCUGGGCGCCAGUGAAACACAGCUGAGACCAGGGACACCCAGCCGGAAGACAGCGUUUAUCAAGGGGGGACUCUUUAACAUCCUGAACAAUUUGAAGAAAGAAAAGUUUGAGGACUUUAAGUGGUACUUAAAACAAGAAUCAUUGGACAACUCCCCACCAAUCCAAGAGGCAGAACUGGAGAACGCUGAGAGACGAAAUGUUGUGGAUUUAGUAGUGAGUCGCUAUGGAUUAGAAAGAGCUUUAGAGGUGAUGGAGAGGGUUUUAAACAAAAUGGGCGAGAACAGUCUGGUGGAGGAAAUACAGAAACUAAGAUUAACUUCAAAUUGAGUAGCUGACUGCUGGCAUUUCCAGAUUAAGGCCUUGAACCUUAUACAAUAGAAUAUUUCCCACACAUUGAUUUUCAAAAUAAUAUCCUAAACAAGAAAUCCUUUUCAUCCACACAAGCCAACAGAAUCUUAAAACAAAAUCAUGUGGUUCCUCCGUAUUUGGAUGGUGUAAAACAGCGAUUUUUCUUUGCACCCUAGUGUAUUGGAGCUGUUUGGCUUGUAAAAACAAACAAGCAAAAAGCAUCUGACCAACGUAAAAAUCAGCACAUCACUGAGCAAAUACAUUUUUUCCUCCAUUGCAUAGCUGAGACAGUAACAAUGGGCACACACGAGACUUCAGUGUUGCGUUAUUUGUUUCAGACUUUGAUGCACGGGAACAUAAAAAUUCUGUUGCCCAGAUACAAAUACAAGGAUUUCUCAAAUCUCUACUUCGGCCAGAGUUUUAAGAAAUGAUCACUUUUAGUGAUGUGUUUUUUUAUGCUGAUUAAAGGCCAAAACGCAUCAAAUUUAAUAGUUUUCCCAGAUACCUGGCUAUGUGUGGAUUAGGCCUAAGAUCGAACAUUUUAAGAAGUUGUAAAACAUUAAGGCUUCAUGGACACUUUGGAGGAUGUUUUAAGCUCUGAGGAGGAAGAACCCUGCAUAGUUUAUUCAUAAAUCUAAUUUGUCAUUACACCAGCGGAUUUUAGGGGAAAAUUAUUAAAGGUGCCAUAGAUUGACUGUUUAAGCCAUUUCAUAUAGUUGAUAUAGCUGAAUAUGUAAAUCCUCCAAAAGUUGUUUUGUCAGGCCAAAUGUCCAUCCUCAAUAAAAGGGUUGGCUGCAGUAAUGAUGUUCAGCUAUUUUUAUUUUGUUCAUGUACAACCUUUUAAAUCGUCUUAUUGCUGAAAAGUGCUUCAUAAAUAAAUUUGCCUUGCCUAUUUUCAGAGUUAGGGAGUUAGUUGGUUGUGAUGUUUAUGCUAAGUAAUCUAAAGCCCAGAUCUCUAGAAUAAGAGAUAUUUUUUCUUGCUGACAUGGAUUAUUCGGGGGGGUUGCUUUGAUAAUUUUUAUAAACUCUUUUGUUUCUUUUCAGGUUAUAUUUAGCAGUGAAAUCUUCAAAUGAUGUAAUGAUGUAAUACAUUUAAUAAAGCAUCACUGGCCAGAUACCUUGGUCAUGCCGUU